UACACAAGGAAAAAAGUCAACAGCUUUCACAGCUUUUUACAGUCUCGCUCCGUGUCGCUGACCGACCUGUGACCACGGCUCCUCCGUAUCAUUUGCUUAUCGCCGCGUCUUUGCCUCCCUCCUCGGCUGUUGCUUGCCUUUGGGGAACAGCGCGUGUUUUGUGUACUUCAACUUGUUGAAUACCAGCACCCUGCCCUCUGUGAGGAGUGCUCACUGUUCAAGGUUCAGGAAGAUAACGAGAGGUGAGUGGCUGACGCGUAGCUCGUGUUAUGUUACCAGAGGCUCAUAUCAGAUUACCGUGGACAGCAGGCUGGGUGGAACUCUAGCUGUGUUCAGAAUCGCCGUGACUCGGAACAAACCAGGAACAGGUUGCUGGCAGAGGAUUGUUGAAGAAGCUAAAGGAGCUAAAGGAGCUAACAGAGACAGAGAGAGGGCUUUUUCUCCCUUUUUGUUUUUCAAGACGAGCGUUACCAUGGGUAAGACAGCACAACACCCUCUGCUGCUUCUGCUCUGUCUGUCAGGACUUGUUCACUGCUCGGCUGCCUUCGUCUUUUGGACGGCCAUGGUGGACAUAACCUAUUACAACAACACCGCCAACAAGACUGAGGACAAAUACUGCGAGUGUGGGGUGUUUGGUCGGAACUCUCCCGUGGACACUGUCUCGGGCAUUGUGACUCUCCCCAAAGACGACCCCAAGGGCUGCAGCGCGGAUCCCGUGUACAAUUUCAGUGCAUCGCCCUGGAUAGCCCUGGUCAAAAGGGGCAACUGCACCUUCACCGAGAAGAUUAAUGCCGCCGUACGUCAGGGGGCCGCCGGUGUGGUGGUGUAUAACGUGGACGGCAGCGGCAACAGCACCACUCACAUGUCACACACGGACGCAGAUGAUACGGUGGCUAUCAUGAUCGGCAACCUUAAGGGUAUGGAGAUCGUCAACCUGGUGAAAAACGGGACCCAGGUGUAUCUGACAAUUGAGGUAGGCAGCCCUCACGGGCCGUGGAUGAACACCUACUGGCUCUACUUCCUGUCCAUCGCGUUCUUCAUCGUGACGGCGGCCUCCAUCGCCUACUUUGUGUUCAUCUCGGCCAACCGCCUGUACAAUAUGAGAAUGCACAAGCGCUCUGAGAGGAAGCUGAAAUCGGAGGCCAAGAAGGCGAUCGGGCGCCUGCAGGUGCGCACGCUGAAGAGGGACGACGAGAUAACCAACUCUGACGCCUUCAUGUGUGCCGUGUGCAUCGAAGCCUACAAGGCGGGCGACGUGGUGACGGUGCUCACGUGUGACCACAUCUUCCACAAGGUCUGCAUCGAGCCCUGGCUGCUGGACAGGAGGACCUGCCCCAUGUGCAAGUGUGACAUCCUGAAGGCGCUGGGGGUCGAGGAGGACACGAAAGACAGCAUUUCCACCAACUCGCCAGAAGAUGUCACUGUCAUCACAGUGGCAGGAGGAGACAACCUCUACGAAGUGCCACUGACCGACCCAGCGAGCUCUGACCCUGUGAGACUCCAGCAUCGCUAUGACAACAGGGCCUUCGAGGGAGACGCAGAGGCUGGGAGAGAAUGAACAACAGCAGCAACAGGAGCAAAAUAGCAACCGUGACACACGUAGACUUCCUGUUUGAAUUACAUAUUUUCCCUCUGACGCGCUGAAACAGCAGACUGGCAUCAAAUUAUCAUCUUAUCCAUCAUGAGAAACACUCUCCGACCUGUAGUCUAAUGCAGGUGGGCUACAAUAGAUUUAAAAAACAACACAAAGACAUUCCAAGGAUUCUCCCUGUUAAUGGAGCGUGUCUAAUUAGCCAUUUUCUUCAUUUCUAUCUUGGUGCAAGUAUGUAAUUAUUGGUAAUUAUCAGGGUUUGUGCUCAUUAAGGUUCUGUUUGAUGCUUAGAGUAGAGACUGCAAAGUAAGUAGUCAUGGCGUGACGCCAGUGUCAAAUUUCUGUUUUGCAUGGCAAGCACACGGGUGAGGGAGGACGUUCAGCAGAGCAUUUGAAUGUGUUUGAAAUCAAGGCCAACGAAAGACGUCUGUGUGCUCGUGUUGCUCCAAGUCCCUCAUGAUGAACCGCUGUCGUUAAGAUUCAGAACGGAAGUCAUCAGAAAUAAUUUGAAUGAUCUCAGUUUUUUUUUGUUUUUUUUGUGUUUUUUUAUAGUUAUGCUGUCAGGUUAUCAGGCACAUGCUCAUGAACACACCCAAUGCUCAGAAAAACAGCAUGAUGACACACACACAGUGCACUAUGAUCAGUUAAUAACAUCACCUCAGAGACUGUUAACUCCACCACGGGAAGCUGUUUACCACGUAUGAAACAAAGUCCUUCAUAAUUGCUGGCUGGUUUAUCGUAAAACCCUCCAAGAAACAAGGAAUAUGACGGUGCAGUUAAUGUCAUAUGAUGUCCCUCCCUCACUAAAUGUUAUCUUGACUGGUGGAAAGGUGAAAACAUGUUUGUGUUUUUAAAAGACAGUACAGUGGAGGCUGAUUGCACUUUUUGGACCAAUGUUGUAUAUUGAUAUUGAUUGUUGACAGUCAUGAAAUUCUAUCUGUAAAGGUAAAGGUAGGGCUGGGCCACAGGGCCAAAAACCAAUAUAUAUUAUCACGAUUAAAAUAAAAAAUAAAAAAAUUAGUUUAUAUUGAUAAUUAUUAGGGUUGCAACUAACAAUUCCCGCUUAAUUUAGCACUUAUUUGGUCUGUAAAGUGUUGAUCAUUAUCUAUCUAUCUAUCUAUCUAUCUAUCUAUCUAUCUAUCUGGCUAAACAGAAACAUGACCCACAUUCGAGAUUAUAUAUGAUAAUGUCUUAAAGUGUGCUUAAACAUUACACUGACAUAUAGUUAACUAAACCUUUGUGGUAUUUAUAUUGAAGAAAAUUCGGUCCCUCGCAUGAUUUAAGACCUUCAUUCAGCUCCUCUGCUCUACCUCUGGACUUAAAACAUGGGUAUGUUUUAUUGAAAUAUUUCUGAGAUAAAAGUCUAAAUUCCGAGAUAAAGUGUGUGUGUGUGUGUGUGUCCCCAAGUUAAUGAUAAACCUAAAGAGUUGUUCUGUCGUCCCUUUGUUUGCUGGUGGGGGAUUUACUGAUUAUGGUACUUAAAUACUGUACGUUACUUAAUUUAUUUUUCUAUAUUGAAUCAUUUUCAUGACUGUUUUACAGAUUCCAGGAGUCUUAAAUUGUGCUGUAAAAAAAAAGGAGAAAAGAAUGGAUAUUACUUGCUGUAUUAAAUCACAUUGAUGCUUAUUAGAAUGCAAUAAAUCCCUCAAAAUGAGGCCAACAGUA